AUGAACAAAGAGUUUGGUUGUACAAUAAAAAAACAAGAAAGGUGUAUGCUUCUUAAUUCAAAAGAGGGUUCUGCGACUUGGAAAGAACCACAUGAACCUCUUCUUAGAAGCAGCUUAAAGGACACAAUUGGUGCUUCAAGCUCUCAAAACUCGAUUUGUGCAAAAUAUGGCCGUCAUGCUCAUUAUGUGUCACAUGCGGAUGGAA